CACAACCACCUGUGACUCCAGCUAUAGGAGAGAAGAUGUCUUCUUCUGGCUUCCACAGGCACACACACACACACACACACACACACACACACACACACACACACACACACACACACUUACCUUCCCCUGGAUCCCAUCUGUUCAAGGUCUCUCUCACCCGCACAUGACUGUGCACUUCCCAGCUCUAACCAUCCCAGUCUCAACUGUAUUCCUGAUGCCUGGUUUUGGACAUGGAAACCCCAGUUGGGGUUCAUUUUUGUUCCUGCUCUGGAAAGUCUUGUUUCUGCUGGGAAGGCAGGACUUGAACGCCACCAGGCUGAGUAGCUGGUGGGUGGACUCUUCAGUCCCAGAGCCUUCUCAUAUUGUACUGAAAAACGGUGCCUGCCAUCCUCACAGCCCAUUGGACAGGAGCUCAGGAAAUGAUCAGGCACCAUGCUGGCUAGAUUCUGAUCUCCCAGCUUGUGGAUUUCCAAGUUCACCCUUUUCUUAGUGUACCAUAUCCAUGGAGGAGCAAGGAUGCUGGAAAUACGUAACUCAGCAUCAGCCUUGUCCCACAGUAGUCCUAAGAUUCAGGUGUCCAUGUUUUGCCAGCUUAUGAUGAUUCCUCUCUGCACCAGGCUGAUUCUUCCCCCAUCUUGGCCACUUUCCCAGGCAAGGAGGAGGCAUCCAGGCGUGGCAGAGAUUGGCUGGCUUAGAAAGGCCCAGCCUCCCAGCGUCCAGAAGCCAGGGACAAAAGAGUCCCAGAAGAGGAGAGGGAAGCAGGAUGUCACAGCUGAGCCUGUCCUCCCUGGGACUGUGGCCUGAGGUGGCCUCCCCAUGGCAGCUCCUGCUGCUGGUUGGGGCCCUCUGGCUCCUGGCCCGAAUUCUGACCCAGAUCUAUGCUGCCUAUGGGAACUACCGUCGCCUCCGUGGUUUCCCUCAGCCCCCCAAACAGAACUGGCUUAUGGGCCAUGUGGGCAUGGUAACUCCUACAGAGCAGGGCAUGAAGACAUUGACUCAGUUGGUAGUCACCUACCCCCAGGGCUUUAUGAUGUGGAUGGGCCCAAUGUUCCCCGUCAUCACUCUGUGCCACUCUGACAUUGUCCGAUCUGUCCUCAAUGCCUCAGGUGAAGGACAGACUCCUGGGAGGGAUUCCCACCCGCCUUCCAUGGUCUGCCCUCACUCACUCUAUGACCCCCAACUGUCCUUGUUCAUGUCAGCUGCAGUUGCUCUCAAGGACGUGAUAUUCUACAGCUUUCUGAAACCUUGGCUGGGGGAUGGGCUCCUGCUGAGUGCUGGUGACAAGUGGAGCCACCACCGGCGGAUGUUGACACCUGCCUUCCAUUUCAACAUCCUGAAGCCGUAUGUGAAGAUUUUCAAUGACAGCACUAACAUCAUGCAUGCCAAAUGGCAGCACAUGAUCUCCAAAGGCAGCGCCCGCCUGGACAUGUUUGAACAUGUCAGCCUCAUGACUCUGGACAGUCUGCAAAAAUGUGUCUUCAGUUUUAACAGCAACUGUCAGGAGAAGCCUAGUGAAUAUAUUGCUGCCAUCUUGGAGCUCAGUGCUCUAGUGGCCAAAAGGCACCAACAGCCUCUGCUGUAUAUUGACCUGCUGUACGAUCUCACCCGUGAUGGGAUGCGCUUCCGUAAGGCCUGCAACUUGGUGCAUAAAUUCACUGAUGCUGUCAUCCAGAAGCGGCGCUGCACCCUCCCAGAUCAGGGUUUGGAUGAUUUCCUUAAGUCCAAGGCUGAGAACAAGACUUUGGAUUUCAUUGAUGUGCUGCUGUUGGUCAAGGAUGAAGAUGGAAAGGAGCUGUCAGAUGAGGACAUCAGAGCAGAGGCUGACACCUUCAUGUUUGAGGGCCAUGACACCACAGCCAGUGGGCUCUCCUGGAUCCUGUAUAACUUGGCAAAGCACCCAGAAUACCAGGAGCGCUGCCGGCAGGAGGUGCGGGAGCUGCUGAAGGACCGAGAGCCUGAGGAGAUUGAAUGGGACGACCUGAGCCAGCUGCCCUUCUUGACCAUGUGCAUCAAAGAGAGUCUGAGGCUGCAUCCCCCGGUCCCUGUCAUCUCCCGAUGCUGCACCCAGGACGUUGUGCUCCCAGAUGGCCGGGUCAUCCCUAAAGGUGUCGUCUGCCUCAUCAGCAUCUUUGGGAUUCAUCACAACCCAUCUGUGUGGCCGGACCCUGAGGUCUAUGACCCCUUCCGCUUUGACCCUGAAAACAUCAAAGACAGGUCACCUCUGGCAUUUAUUCCCUUCUCAGCGGGGCCCAGGAACUGCAUAGGACAGACUUUCGCCAUGAGCGAGAUGAAGGUGGCGCUGGCGCUCACCCUGCUGCGCUUCCGCGUCCUGCCGGACCACAAGGAACCGCGUCGGAAGCCGGAGCUGAUCCUGCGCGCAGAGGGCGGGCUGUGGCUGCGGGUGGAGCCGCUGAGCAGGGGCACAAAGUAACCCUACACCUGGCCUGGGACCACCCUACCCACCCAACUACCUCUGCGGAUCCCAGAAUAAACAGAGUUGUCACCCA